GAGCGGCCGCAGCUGGGCGAGUGACAGGCGCCGCGGCCGUCAGAGCCGGUGCAGGGGAAGCGCCCGCGGCCUCGGGCGGCAGCCAGCGGCCGCCUCGUCGCGCGCCUCCCGGGCCCACAGCCCCGCGGUCCCGCGGCCCCGGGGCCGGCCGGCACCUCUCGGGUUCCCCGGUCCCCCCCGCGCGCAAGAUGGCUGACCCGGCUGCGGGGCCGCCGGCGAGCGAGGGCGAGGAGAGCACCGUGCGCUUCGCCCGCAAAGGCGCCCUCCGGCAGAAGAACGUGCAUGAGGUCAAGAACCACAAAUUCACCGCUCGCUUCUUCAAGCAGCCCACCUUCUGCAGCCACUGCACCGACUUCAUCUGGGGCUUUGGGAAGCAAGGAUUCCAGUGUCAAGUUUGCUGCUUUGUAGUGCACAAGCGGUGCCAUGAGUUUGUCACCUUCUCCUGCCCCGGUGCUGACAAGGGCCCAGCCUCAGAUGACCCCCGGAGCAAACACAAGUUCAAGAUCCACACGUACUCCAGCCCCACAUUCUGUGACCACUGCGGAUCCCUGCUGUAUGGACUCAUCCAUCAGGGGAUGAAAUGUGACACCUGCAUGAUGAACGUGCACAAGCGCUGCGUGAUGAACGUCCCCAGCCUGUGCGGCACUGACCACACGGAGCGCCGCGGCCGCAUCUACAUCCAGGCGCACAUCGACCGGGAGGUCCUCAUCGUGGUCGUAAGAGAUGCUAAAAAUCUUGUACCCAUGGAUCCCAAUGGCUUGUCAGAUCCCUACGUAAAACUGAAACUUAUUCCUGACCCUAAAAGUGAGAGCAAGCAGAAGACCAAAACCAUCAAGUGCUCGCUCAACCCUGAGUGGAACGAGACAUUUAGAUUCCAGCUGAAAGAAUCGGACAAGGAGCGAAGACUGUCGGUUGAGAUCUGGGACUGGGAUCUGACGAGCAGGAACGACUUCAUGGGAUCUUUGUCCUUUGGGAUUUCUGAGCUGCAGAAAGCUGGAGUGGAUGGCUGGUUUAAGCUGCUGAGCCAGGAGGAAGGCGAGUACUUCAAUGUGCCUGUGCCGCCAGAGGGAAGCGAAGGCAAUGAAGAACUACGGCAGAAAUUCGAGAGGGCUAAGAUCGGCCAAGGGACCAAGACUCCAGAAGAAAAGACAACCAACACUAUUUCCAAGUUUGACAACAAUGGUAACCGGGACCGGAUGAAACUGACCGACUUUAACUUUCUGAUGGUGCUGGGGAAAGGCAGCUUUGGCAAGGUGAUGCUGUCAGAGCGGAAGGGCACAGAUGAGCUCUAUGCAGUGAAGAUCCUCAAGAAGGAUGUGGUUAUCCAAGAUGACGAUGUGGAGUGCACCAUGGUGGAGAAGCGGGUGCUGGCCCUGCCCGGCAAGCCACCGUUCCUGACCCAGCUGCACUCCUGCUUCCAGACCAUGGACCGCCUGUACUUUGUCAUGGAGUACGUGAACGGAGGAGACCUCAUGUACCACAUCCAGCAAGUGGGCCGAUUCAAGGAGCCUCAUGCUGUAUUUUACGCUGCAGAAAUUGCCAUCGGUCUGUUCUUCUUACAGAGCAAGGGCAUCAUAUACCGCGACCUCAAACUUGACAAUGUGAUGCUGGAUUCCGAGGGACACAUCAAGAUUGCUGACUUUGGCAUGUGUAAGGAAAACAUUUGGGACGGUGUGACAACCAAGACCUUUUGUGGUACUCCGGAUUACAUUGCCCCUGAGAUAAUUGCAUAUCAGCCCUAUGGGAAGUCUGUGGAUUGGUGGGCCUUUGGAGUCCUGCUGUAUGAAAUGCUGGCUGGACAGGCACCCUUUGAAGGGGAAGAUGAGGAUGAACUCUUCCAGUCCAUCAUGGAGCACAACGUGGCUUACCCCAAGUCCAUGUCCAAGGAAGCAGUGGCCAUCUGCAAAGGGCUGAUGACCAAACACCCGGGCAAGCGUCUGGGUUGUGGACCUGAAGGUGAACGUGACAUUAAAGAACAUGCAUUUUUCCGGUAUAUUGAUUGGGAGAAACUUGAACGCAAGGAGAUACAGCCUCCCUAUAAGCCAAAAGCUUGUGGGCGAAAUGCUGAAAACUUCGACCGGUUUUUCACCCGCCAUCCACCAGUCCUAACACCUCCUGACCAGGAAGUCAUCAGGAAUAUUGACCAAUCAGAAUUCGAAGGAUUUUCCUUUGUUAACUCUGAAUUUUUAAAACCUGAAGUCAAGAGCUAAGUAGAUGUGUAGACCCGCGUCCUUCGUUUCUUUCGUUCAAGCUCCACGGCUGUUGUGGUGACAUUUGUUUCUUCAUUGCCAAGUUGCUUCCAUGUUUUGUUGUCCCAUCAGGCUAGAGUGACCAUGUUUCAGUGCCCAAAUGUCCUCAGGUAGCCGGGAGCAUCUCUGCGAGAUGGGAUUAUGCAGAUGGCCCGUGAACAUGCUGCUGCAUAAUUGAGACAUUAUUCAACUCCUCUCUCGGUUUAUUUUCCCCAAGCAUGUCUGCUAAAUAGAUCCAGUGGGGAGAGAAAAUGCCUGCUUUCUUUCCUCCUCUUUUGCACUGCUGUUUUCACCCUCACCCUAAUCAUUCAAUUUGGAUUCUACCUACCAAAUGGGUAGAUCAUCGGAGGCUGGCAAUCCUCUUCCGCUUCCAGGCCUGGGGUUUGGCGUGUGUCCAGGCUUGCUUUGGUCCACAGGGAAUCCCUUCAUGCCGCUCACUCUGGAGAAGAGCGGAGCUUCGCAAAGAACAUGCUAAAAAUAAAAUUGGGAGGGUUGGAAUUUUUUUUUUUAAACUCAAAGUUGAGAAGAUUAUUUAAGUCCUUCUAACAUCUUAAGAGUGUGUUUUUUAGAUAAGCGCUAUCUAAAAACACAUCACGGUGUCCACAGGCUUAGGUGCCAUGUCCACGCCAUCACUUCUGAUGCUGAAUGGCCCUCCUCACCCUUGUCCCCAGGACCACACGGAGAGGGCAUUUGGCACUGCUCCCUGAAACAACAUGGUCACUCUAGCUGCCCUCCCCCCACCAAGGCUGUGAUUUGACAUGACAUUUCAGACAUAAUUUGCUUUGGGUUUUUAUUUCUAUUGUUCCAAUGGAAAAAGGAAAAACAAAAGGUUACUCAUUUGGUUACACAUGCUUUCAAAUACAUGUCCAGUUGUGAUCAACCAUGAUGACCUGCUUGGGUUUAAGCAGGAAGACAGCUGGGGCUCCUAGCAGACCCAUGCCUGUGGGGCUGGGCUGUGUCUAGGUCUCUUGCAGGCCUUGGAGAACUAAUUAAGUGUUCUGAGAAUGACACCAUUUCUUGAAACAAAGACAGUUGCAUUCUUCACUUUGAUGUUGUUUUGCAAGAUGUUGGAGGUAAUGUUCAUUUAUAUCUGGAUAUCUGUUAAUGUGCCAUUUUUCUUCUAGCAUCAAGAUACAAAGUU